UAUUGCUAUUGUGGAAUUUGAAGAACAGAUAAAUUGACAAUGGAGAAGGACAAAAAACAACAGAGCCAAGGAAAUUCCACAGCAAAAACGCAUCGCCCCUCCACUGGCCGCCAUAUUGUUUACCCAAGCUACUUUAAACUGGUUCUCUAGAAGUUAUAUUUUUUUUGUGACAACAGAACCAGAUUAUAACUUAGUAGGGCUGGACACUAGGCCUAAUUGACAAAGCAGUAAAAAUAUCUAAAGACCUACGCAAAACUCUACGCCAUGAAUAACGAGAGUAAAGAAAUUGACUGUACCCAGACAGUAAAGGAUUUUCCCGUGUCGUCUGUUCUGUUUUCGGAACUGGAGAAACAACCUGCGAUCUUAGGUUUAACUAUUACAGCAGCUGUGAUGUGUCUAACAACGGUAGUCCUGUACUUUGAGACAUUCAAGUUCAUUCAUGGUCAUGGUCAUCUACAGGGAAUCAAAAUCAACAAACACAAAGUCCUCAUAAUGGUGGGACUCUACCCAUUGGUCUCGUGUGCUUGUAUGCUGUCACUUGUACUACCACGUACAACAAUGAUCGCAGAACUUAUGAUUGCUAUGUACAUGUCCCUUUGUAUUCUGAUGUUUGUGAGGCUGGUUGUUGACUACAUGGGGGGAUUUAAGGCAGUGUGUAAGGAGAUGGAGGGGGAGAGCAUGUCCUUCAGAACCCCUCCCUGCUGCUGUUGUUGCUGCUGCCCCGGUUUACGGAAGCAGACUGUCAAUAGGCUCAACCUAAAAAGAGUGAACCUGAUGACCCUGCAAGGUGCUGUUAUACGACCGAUCAUCACUGUCAUAGCCAUGAUUCUCUGGGCUGAUGAACGCUACAUCUUGGGAGAAGAUAUGAGCCCAACAGCCGCCUCUAUGUACAUUAAUCUGUUUGGUGCUGUGUCCAGUCUGGUGUCCAUGUGGGCAAUGACGGUCACUUUUAGAACCCUGAAAGAUCGAUUACAGGACUACAAAAUUGGGAUGAAGUUUGCUGCUCUUCAGUUGACCAUUGUAGUGGUCAACAUCCAAGGCUCUGUUUUUCAGAUUCUGGCUCGUUACAACAUUCCAGAGUGUGUCAGGGUCCUAAGCUCCACUGUGCGGGCAUACAGGUCCAACUAUUUCCUGUUGGUUUUAGAGAUGCUACUCCUGAUGAUUUUUGCCAGAUUUGCCUUCAAAAGGAAAGAGGAGAUCUACAUGUCACAGAAUGCAGAGGUAAAUAAGACAGACAAACAGCCAGAACUCCAGACUCAGCUCUGAACUCAGUACACCAUGUUCCUCUCAAUGAUACCAAACCAUGGUGUCUACUACAGACUAAUCUUUUCUACGUUGUUUAUCAUUAAUCAGUUACAAGUAUCUCGGAAAAUUCUCAAAUAUUCGUAAUAUGUAAUGGUGUGCCUUUGCCAAAUUAUUCUGAUCUCAAAUUAGACAGAUUUGUUCAAUAUUUUAUACAUUGUUUGACACAAUCAUAUGACAGAUUUUUACAGUAUGAGAUUCAAUUUAUUAUAUAUGAUUAGCACAAUCAAGUGAUCCAUGUUAUACUGAUAAUGUGAAAUUAGACAGAUUUGUACAGCAUUAGAUGCUUUUUAUGACAUGUCUUGUGAUGUAAUACUAAAUACUUAUAUUGUGAAACAAUGUGAUGAAGAAGUGAUAUGUUUGUAUAAAUACUAUAAAGUAUGAAUUUUUACAUAUUAUGUAUGUCAAUCUAUUCAGAAAAGAUUGUUUGAUCUGCUUAAUACUAGAUUGCUACACAAAAACCCAAAAGUGGUGAGCUGAAGGAGUGGGUCAAAAGAUCUAAAUUCAAAGUAGAUUGCUUAUUGUAUUGUACUCAGUGCAUAUACAAUAUCUGUGGCAGAAAAUCUUGUAUUGUUGUAGUAAUGUUUAGGUUGUGUAUGUUUUGUUUCUAAUAUUGUUUUAUUGCAAAUGACUGCUUUCACAGGUUGAAUUAAAACUUGCUGUUUUGUGAAAACUGCAGAUCAUGAUAAAUUUUGUAUUGGUUUUACAAAAACUAUGUCCCUUUUUAUGAAGUUAGACACAUGGUACAUGUAUAUAGGAUUUUUUCAUCUAACUCCUCUCUGUUUUCAAGGUAGGUCCUUAUCAUUUCACAUAUUGUUUUGAAGGUAUUGAGAGUGUGUGUUUUGUUUGGAUUUAGAUUUUCUUAAUUUUCAUACAGGUUGCUGAAAAUUUCUACAUUAUGAUAUAGAGGGUGCAUGGUUUGCCCGUCUAACCCAUCACAGUUUUCAAGUUAGGACCUUAAUCAUUUCAUACAGUGUUUGUAUGGGUAGUGAAAAUAUGCACUUUACAUGGACUUUGAUUUUAUCAGUUUUCAUGGAAAUAGCAGAUUGUUGAAGUUAGUCAGUUUUUAAAAAAAAAUUUCUAUAUUGCAUCGCAGAUGGAGGAUACAUGAUUUAAUUGUCCAAUUCCUUUUAUAGUUUUUGAUAUAAGACCCUAUUAACAUUUCACUUGAUGUUUGUAUGGUUUUUCAAGAUGUACAUAAGUGGGUUUUCACAUGGAAGUAACGGGACAUUGGUGAAUUUCUGGGAGAAAUUGAAAAAAAAGAAAGUACAUAGCAUGUUGAGUUUUGAAUUUUGAGGAUAACUAUCAUGAUACUUGAUAUACAGCAUCAUAGCUAUGAACUGCAGCACCAUAUCACAUUUCAAGGAAUGUCUCUUUGACAGUUUUUGGUUGAUCAGAUACUGUUUUAUAAAGUGCUAUGAACAAUGGACUUAAGGGUACAUAAUUUCACAUUUCAAGGAAUGUCUCUUUCACAAUUUUUGGUUGAUUAGAUACUGUUUUAUAAAGUGCUAGGAAUAAUGGACUUCCGGGUACAUAAUGAGCUCCGAACAGAUAUAUUUUGUAACGGUGGUGGCACUUGUCAUAUGAUUUCUGACUAACAUUCAAUGGAAAUUAUAUUUCUUAAUAUUUCAAAAUAUUUCUAUCUUUUAACUUAUGAUAUCUUCUCUACCACAGAUGACAGAUAACCUGCAGACAUCAUAGAGUAAGCAACACACAUGUAGUGUUAGACUGCUAGCUGCUAUGUUCUCCUUACUCUAAGCUUUUGACAUUAACAGGUGUUUCAAUGAUAUUAUGAAUCAGUAAUGUACAUUCUAUGUUGAGUUACAGGAUGGGUGCACCUUGGGAUGCAUGCAGGGUAUUUUCUUUCUUGAAAACAUAAUUGGAUAUAAUGGAGCUGUAAACAGUAAAUAUUACACUAACACAAAAUGCAGUGAAACAUAGUUAGAAAAGAAGGUACAAGACUAGGAUAGCAUGCAAAGGUUCCUAGUGAUUGUUUAAAUUACCACUUGGUUUGCUGUCAUACAAGUAGAGUGCAAGUUUGCUGACAGUUAGCCUUGCAUAUUUCUCUUUUAGGCCUAAUUCAAAUUUCUCUCUUGCUUUAUAAACAUGUAUGAAAUUUCCAUCUUUAAAAUACUGCAUGUACAGAAUCUUUUAAAAAUGAAGAAAUAUAUGAAUGAAAAAUUCAUAUACAAAAUCCAAUUCUUUAAACCUUUAAGGUGACGAGUACAUACUUAGAAUUGCUGUAAAAAUUGUGAAAACAUAAGUGUUUUAUACAUUAUUACUUCUAUUUUCUUUUAUUGUGUCCAAAUUAAUAGUGACGCUUUUUAAAUGUUAAAUGCAUCAAUUUCUUACACAUUCAUUUCCUGGUAUUAUUGCUGUUUUUGUGUACAAAACAAAUUAUUGUUGAUUGCUUGAUUAUCAAAUUUUUUUUAAAAUAUCAUGCUCCAUCUGUGAUUUACUGAGAAAAUAGUUACAUAUGGAUGUAGGAUUGUACAAAAUAUUUUUAGCUCACCUUAUUUGCAGGAUAUUAUUUAUUGAUGAUGUACAGCAUGGUGGUUUUUGAGAAAGGAGUCAUACUAUCACUUGACUCAAAUGUGAGGAAAUGUUUUUGGUAUACAUGUACAUUAAUAAUCAAUGUCAUAUAUCACAUGUAUUUAUUGUAAGUAUCACUGAACACUUCAUAUAUGACAUAUGUAUUCGUUUUAAGUGUCACUGAAUAUGGUAUAGAUAAGUAUGAAAAUGACAUUGUUUUAAAGAAAAUACACACACACAGGGAUAUAGGGCAUUAUUUUUACUUUGAUAUUCUAAAUGUUGACUUCAUUAUUGUCUUCUACCUCCCACCAAAGACCAAAUACAUUUUUCAGAUUUGGUCUGAAUGUUUAGUCAACAAUUACCGCAUUUUGUGUUCAUAUUAUUUUUUUUCCAUGUUACCAUGUAUGAAUGUAGCCCAUUGAUGAGGCAGAUGAAAAAGACUACAUUUGUUGUACUGUUUUGUAUUUCAAUAUUUUUGCUUCAUUUAAACAAACAGAACAAUGGUAUCUCUUCCUGUUUUAGCAAUGACAUCAUCCAUUCCUCAAACAUAUUCUUUAGUGUAUGUUUUUAUAUCUCCCAUAUUACAAAUAUCCUAGGCAAAUAUUCCUUAUAUAUAUUUAAUUUAACUAGUUUCUUCUUUAAAUACAUUGGCUCAAGUGAGCUUUUCUGAUCAAAAUUUGUCAAAGUUGGUUGUUUUCUUUAUAAACUUCUUAUAUGUUUUACUUCUUCUGGACGAUAUAACCAUUUUCAACCUUUGGUACAAAAUAUCCAUUGAAGGAAAUUCAAGUUUUCUAAAGUGAAGGGACAUGUCCUUUUCCAAGGAAAGACACCGGUAAUUAGGAGUAGUGAAAAUAAAGGUGGGGCGUUUAAAAAAUCUUCCCAAGACCACUAAACCAACCCUCACCUCAGACCUCCAGAUUUCUGUAUAUUUUUUCCAUAUUUUGAAUGCAGAAAAAAUAUGGGAGAAAAUGGGUAAACUUUAGAAAAUAAGGAAAUGAAGAAAAAUAUGGAAAUGUGACCAGAGUGAAGUUCUUAGGAAAAAAUUUCAUCUGGAAAAAAUACAAGGCCCUUUUUUACAAAAGCACUUAUGAUUAACAUCAAAAUCUUCUUUUGCAAUUUCUUUCUUUAAAUUGUGAUUUUAAUGGGAAUAAGAUUUAGUUAUGUAAUUUGAUUUGAAUAUAAUCUCACAAAAUUAAUAAAGUUGACGAGUUUUUAGAAUAAUGUAAUAUUUUUAGUCUUAGUUGUAAGUUCCUUUGUAAAAAGGGGUCCAGAGCUCUGGACUUGCAAACAAUUUGGUCAAAUUGAUACAGAUAUUAAACAUCUGUGUAUUGAAAUAUUCAGAUGAUUUUCUUAUUUGAUAAAAAAAGUAAUCUGAACAUUUCUUCUGGAAAAUAUUUCUAAACUUCAAACAUAAUACAAUUUAUAUGAAAGAAAUGAAACUAAAUUAAACUUGGUGUUGUAGUUUUAAAUUAAAAAAUAAAUAAAUAAAAAAAGUCUGGCUAUAUAUAAAAGCAUGUUGAAUGUUAUGAAAUUUAAUUAAUACAAAUGCAUCAUUAAACUGUUUGACAGAAAUUAACUUCUUGAACUGUAUAAAGCAUUCAUGGAUUCCUCUUCUUUACUUGGGUACAAGUACAAUCUCUUCACAUUUCACUGUCUGAUACAUCUUUCUGUUGCAAAAUCUAUUCUUGGAUUUCCUCAUUCACUGAACAUUUUGAUGUCCCAACAACACUGCGAUGGUAAACUUGAAAACCCUUUGGUAAACUUCCCACACUUCCUCUCAGCAUGUCUUUGAAGAGAGAUUUAACCUUGCCUUCUAUGUUCCAUAAUUUAAAAAAAAUACAUGCACAUUUUGUGCUUAUCAUCAAAUUUUUCUUUGUAAGCAAAGUGUACUAUUCAGGUGAGUGUUGUGGCUUAUUGACCUCUUCCUAUUUUAGAUCGAAGCAAUCUAAUUGAAUCGGCUACCGCUUCUCAAACUUUGAGAAGUGGUAGCGGGUUCAAAACAGCUAUUUUUAAUUAGAUUGAGGUUGAAGGAUCAUUGCACUGGAGAGAUUAAAACAGCCUAGGUUUAUUACCGACUAGAUUGGUGAAUAUAUAAGCAUGAAGUAGAAUAAUGUCACAUUAUGUUAAUGUUAAAAUCUAAACAUAGAAAUCUCAGAUUUGGCAAAGACUCGGUCAGUCUGUUGUUUUGUUAACGUUGUUACAUAGUUUGAUACAUGUACAUGGUAUGGAAUAAAUUAGUUAAAAUAUUA